CUCUCUCUCAGUCGCGGUGAUAUCAUUGUCGAUCGCGGCAGUCAGUCACGAAACACACGCCAAUUUAUUUACUUAAGAAGGUGUGAUUUAUUGGAAUAUAUCACUGAAACGAUCGGAGGUGAUAAGGCAAAUAUAUUCUUCUGGUGUUGUGUUGAGUGUCAGUGGAGAAAAAUGAAGUUGCUCGUCAUUUCGAUUUUGCUGCUCCACUUCACGGACUUCAUCAGCGGUCAAGGUGAAGAAUGCGUCACGGCGGACAGAGCACGCGGAGUUUGCCAGCUAUUGCCCAAUUGCCCCUCACUCAUUCAGCUGUACAGCACCAACAGGGGGAAUCCCCUCAUCAUCAACUACCUUAUUACAUCACAGAGGAAUUGUGGCAACAGGAACUUCAACAGGAAUCCAAUUGUUUGCUGUGCCUCCAACGAACAACCAGUGCAGACCACGACGCCUCCGCCCACCACCCAGAGCCCAACGCCACCCACAACUCAGAAGAAUCCCACUGCGGAUUCCAGCUGCAGAGACCCGGCCGGGAACACUGGCGUCUGCGUGAACAUCAAAGAAUGCCCUCCAGUGCUAAACGACUUCCUGUCCAAGCAGAACGACCCCAACUAUGUGCGAUAUAUUCAACAGUCAAACGCCAAUUGCAACUACAUUCAGCCUCAUAUAUGCUGCCCUCAAUCGGCUCCGGUGACGACACCUCCUCCGCAGCCUCCCACGGACACUCCUGUGGAGCCCAGCGGACCAGCUCACCUUAUGUCUCCUGGCGAAGGAUGUGGCUUCUCCAAUAAGACUCACAACCGUGUCGUCGGUGGAGUAGAUGCUGAACUAGGCGCCUGGCCGUGGAUGGCUCUUCUGGGCUACAAGAAUAGCCUCGGAGAGAUUGGCUUCAAGUGUGGAGGAUCAAUCAUAACUCAAAAGCACGUCCUGUCAGCGGCACAUUGUGUUAUUUCUAGUCUCCAAGUUGUGCGUGUCGGAGAACAUAAUCUCGAUUCAAACACUGAAACUCAACACAUUGAUAUUCCCGUCGCCAAAGCCACAGCUCAUCCUGAGUAUGAUAAGAAGGAUGGACACAGUGACAUUUCAAUUAUUCUUCUGCAGCAGACAAUUCCCUUCUCACUCAAUAUACAUGCAAUUUGUAUCCCUACUCAACCGCCUGUACUCACAAGGAAUUUCGAAGGAUAUUCACCGUUCGUGGCUGGAUGGGGACGCACUCAAGAGGGUGGAAAGUCAGCUACUGUUCUGCAGGAGCUUCAGCUUCCCGUGCUGAAGAAUUCAGAGUGUAUGGAGAGAUAUCGAGACGUGAGAAAACUCAUCAGCGACAAACAAUUUGAUGACGGAGUGCUUUGUGCUGGAUUCCUGGAGGGAGGAAAGGAUUCAUGUCAGGGCGACAGUGGAGGUCCUCUCAUGAUCCCCAUUCGAAGCGACGGAGUCUUCCUCUACUAUCAGAUCGGUGUUGUGUCUUAUGGCAUCGGCUGUGCCCGAGCGAACAUCCCUGGAGUCUACACUCGAGUCCAGACGUAUUCACAGUGGAUUCAGGAUCAAGUCGCGAACAAUAUCAAGGAGUGUCCAUUGGUGAGAUAUGACUUCCUGGCAAGGCGCAAUGAUCCAAACUACAUCCGGUAUAUUCAGCAAUCCAAUGCCAAUUGCAACUAUGUUCAGCCAUUCAUUUGCUGCCCACAAACGGCUUCUGAUGUGAGUACAACUCCACCCGUAGUUACGCAACCUCCGACGACACCAAGUCCUGUCCAACCCAGCGGACAAACCGGUGGACCAGCUCAUCUUUUGACUCCUGAGGAAGGAUGUGGCUUUUCGAACGCAUCACACAAUCGUGUUGUGGGUGGAGUUGACGCUAAUCUGGGCGCCUGGCCGUGGAUGGCUCUUUUGGGCUACAAGAACAGCCUCGGAGAGAUUGGCUUCAAGUGUGGAGGAUCGAUCAUAACUCAAAAGCACGUCCUGUCAGCGGCACAUUGCAUUCGUCCUGGUCUCGAUCAAGUUCGCGUUGGAGAACAUAAUCUCAACACGGACAGUGAAACUCAGCAUUUAGACAUUCCAAUCGCUAAAUCCACACCCCAUCCGGAGUAUGAUAAGAAGGAUGGACACAGUGAUAUAGCAGUUAUCUCUCUGACGCGCAGUAUUCCAUUCUCACUGAGAAUUAAUGCCGUUUGCAUUCCUACGCAGCCUCCUAUUCUCACGAGGAAUUUCGAAGGAUUUAAACCGUUCGUGGCUGGAUGGGGACGCACCCAAGAGGGUGGAAAAUCGGCCGCAAUUCUCCAAGAACUUCAGCUUCCCGUACUGAAAAAUUCAGAGUGCAAAGAGAGAUAUCGGGACCAGAGGAAACUCAUCAGCGAAAAACAGUUUGAUGACGGAGUGCUUUGCGCUGGAUAUUUGGAAGGAGGAAAGGAUUCUUGCCAGGGUGACAGUGGAGGCCCUCUCAUGGUUCCUGUCCGCUCUGGCCCAGUCUUCCUUUACUAUCAGAUCGGUGUUGUGUCUUAUGGCAUCGGAUGCGCUCGUGUCACUACUCCUGGAGUCUACACUCAGAGUGGACCACCUCAUCUCUUGACUCCUGAAGAAGGAUGUGGCUUUUCCAAUAUAACGCACAGACGUAUCGUUGGUGGUUCUCCCGCCAAGCUUGGCGCUUGGCCAUGGAUGACUCUUAUGGGUUACAAAGACAACCUUGGAGAUAUUGAAUUUAAAUGUGGUGGAUCGAUUAUUACUCAAAAGCAUAUUUUAUCUGCUGCACAUUGCGUUGAACCUGCUCUUGCUCAAGUUCGUGUUGGGGAACAUGAUCUUGACACGGACACUGAAACUCAACACCUUGAUGUUCCCGUUGAUAGAGCCAUAGCUCAUCCUGAAUACGAUAAGGAGGACGGGCACAGCGAUAUUGCUAUCGUUUUAUUGAAGGAAUUAAUUCCCUUCUCACUGAGAAUAAAUGCCGUUUGCAUUCCAACUGAACCGCCUGUACUAACGAGAGAUUUUGAGGGAAGUCAGCCAUUUGUAGCUGGAUGGGGACAUACUAAGGAGGGAGGAAAAUCCGCCGCAGUUCUCCAGGAGCUUCAGCUUCCCGUGCUGAACAAUAAUGAAUGCAAGGAAAGAUAUAAAGUCGUAAAGAAACUGGUUAGCGAAAAGCAGUUUGAUGACGGAGUGUUUUGUGCUGGAAAAUUGGAAGGAGGAAAGGAUUCUUGCCAGGGUGACAGCGGAGGACCUCUGAUGAUGCCAAUUCUAUCCGGCAGAGCCUUCCUCUACUAUCAAAUCGGAAUUAUAUCUUAUGGCAUCGGAUGCGCCCGUGCCGCCACACCUGGAGUCUACACUCGCAUCCCGACGUAUUCCAAAUGGAUUCAGGAGCAAAUCGCCAGCAAUCCCUGAUUUUGUGGGCACGUGAUACACGUUAAAUCACCACUUAUAUUUUUUGCAAUAAAAGAUUUAUUG